CCCGCAACCCCCGCGGGCCCCCGUGCCGGCAGCGGCGGUGCCGGGGCGGGGGGGGGAAGCCGUGGCUUCACUUCUCGUAUUUCCCGGCUCAAAUAGGUGCGGUGCUGCCGGGGCCGCUCUGCCUCCUUCCCUCGCGUGGCUGCCGGGGGCCGGCAUGGCGUGCCGGGCCGCCCUGCUGCUCUGGCUGCUGCUGGGCGCCCACCGCCCCGCCGACGCAGCCCUGCUGGAAGCCAACGGCAACCUGAGCUGCCGCUGCGCCAAGACCACGGCCACCUUCAUCCCGCCGCGGAGGUACGGCAGCAUCGAGGUCCGGCCGGCGGGGAGCAGCUGCUGGCGCCAGGAGGUCGUAAUUACAUUAAAAAACCGCAAGAGAGUGUGCGUGGAGCCCACCACCCCCUGGAUGAAGAAACUCCUGCAGGACCUUCCCAGCGUGAGGAAGAAAGAGGCUCCCCACUAAGGGAGGAAGCUGCUGCGGGAGCCGCGGGGCGGCCAGAUGGCCUGAAACCGGCCCCCCCCCCCCCGCUGCGCCGGCGCCGCUGAAUGAAGCCCUGCAGCGCUUUUGCCAGCGCGCUUUCCCCCUUUUUACGCUUGCAAACCGUUGCAAACCGUUGCAAACCAUUGAGACCACUGCAAACCAUUCAGACCACUGCAAACCAUUCAGACCCCUGCAACCCCCUGAAACCCUUGCGACGGCGCUCUGUUUCCUCCCGCCCUUGUGCAAGGUGCCCAGCGGCGCCCGUGGGAAGCGCGAGCUCCCCUUGGGCCACCACCGAACGGGUCGAUUAAAGGUGGCAGCCCGCACAUCCGCUCCCUCAUCGA